AUGCACCUUGCACUAAUCCUCGAUCUCGGCCAGCUUAAGUGUGAGGGUGUAGAUCUGGAUUCGAGGGACAACUCGCUCGCAGCUCUUCUUAGCAUCUACGCAUCCCGCGCCCCCGUCGACCAUUUCUCGCAACGACUACUCAUCCGCCCGACGUUCAACAACUGUCUCCGAGUGUAUACCGGGCAGUUCGUCAGCAUGGUCCGUGCCUGGGAAAGUGUUGGCCCUUACUUUACGCAGACCAGCUUCCACCGCGCAGUCGUUCUUUUAUGUCGCAACUGUCGAUCCGCCCCCACCGUCCGGCUCUACAAGAGAGUAGCCAUAAUCGAAGACUCUGGCACCCCGGCUGGCGGACAUGCGCCAAAUAUUUCCGUCGACGCCGCACUCCAGCGCUGCUUUGGUAAAACCAAAGCAGAUAAGCCAUGCGAGACAUGUUACGAAGCCUAUGGACUAUGUCCGAUGCUUGACGAGAUCCGCAUCGUCGUCGACCGGACGCCCUGGCACUUGACUCUUGGGCGUUCCUUUAGUCCGGCCAUCGUUGACCAUGACGCCCGCAUCCAGCUUAUAGUCUACAAGAACCCUGUCUAUAACCCGAGAGGCAAUAAUGUCUUGUAUUCGUUCAAGGCAGCUGUGGCGUUUGACAGUAGAACCGACCACUUUACGCUGUACUGGAAACAGAAGGAAGAGUUUUACCACUACGACGGCAUGAGGCAUGGGGGCGUUGCUCAAAAAGUGGAUGCUUUGCCGUCUCCGCUGAACUUUGCAAUUCUGGUGCUUCAGAGGGAAAGCUAG